AUGCCGAGCAAUACACCAGGAAAACGAUUAGAAGGAAGUGAUAACGACAAUGAACAGAACGAUUGUGAACUUCCUACAAAACCAGUCGUAGUAUUUGAAGGAAAUGAACAUGUUUCGGAGUCGGACGAGAACAGUGGAAAUGAAGCCGCCAGCCUUUAUAGCCGCGAAGUUACCAAGGAAAUUCGACGGAGAAGAAAUACUAUCGUGAACUCUUUUCGACUGGCUGAACUGGUUCCAACCACAAAUACUCCGCAUUCACAGUACCGGCGAAAAUCCAUUGUAAUUUUGACUACAGAAACAGUGAUAGACACAAAAGCUGAAGAACAGUAAGUCUGCAGGCCAAGAUAACUUAAUCAAAUAAACUUCUUCCAUAUUAUACUGAUACCUCAGAAAUUUCUGCAAUUUUAUCGGCUGAGAUCAGCUAUGCUACACCUUGAUUUAACGUAUCCACUUGUAAAACUUGGGGACAUUUUCUCAGGUUUUUUUAUUUAUUGCAGUUGUGGUACAUAUGAACAAAUAACAGCAUAUUGAAUAAAUACCACUGGUAAUUUUCAAAAUUGUGAGAAAUUGCGCCCAGCAAAGGGCCCUCGAAUUACAGCUUAAAACUAUUCUGAAAUAUCAUUUAUGGUAUUAAUGCAAAGUGUUGUGCUUACAAAUCAUCUUAGUGACAGCCCUACUUUAAUAAUCUACUUUCAAGCAGGUGAAGUUUUUUAGAUUACAGGUGGCAAUAGAAUGUAAGCUUGCUGAUCCUUUUGAUACAAGUUGAUGCAGUCAAGGCUUAGAUAGCUUCACGUACUUGGUUUAAAGAACAAAGAAAACCGUAACUUAAGCUUUAAUUUGUAUAAAAAUCGCUCAGCUUAUAGCCGAAUAAAUAUGGCAUUCAUUGCAAAUGCUUUUCUUGUUUACGAGGAAACUAGACUUGAAGUGAUAGAAAUUGUUGUCCACUCUUGCUGCUUGAGUGUGUAUUGAAUUACAUGUAUCAAAACAACUUUGUAUAAAAAGGUGACCAGUUUCCUGCUGUAGUAUUAAAGAUGUCCAAGAAACCUAGGCUACUGUCUUAAAUAAAGCUUGGUCAGUUACCUAUAUACGAUUAGCUACCCUAUAGUAAAUAUGAGGCUUUGUAUAAAAUUUGUUUACUUACAGGUGUAUGAUCUGAUACAGGUUUUGCUAUCUUUUAUUUUCAGCUUUUUUGAGGGCUCAAGUCUAGCUGAAAGGAAUGAACACAAUCAAGCCAUAUCUUGUUUCAACAAGGCUAUUUCUCUCAAACCAGAAGUUGUUAAAAAUUAUAUUUCAAGAGGAGAAAGUUACUUGCAGAUCUGUGACUUUCAAUCAGCAAUUUUAAACUACAAGAAAGCAUGUAUAUUAGACCCAGACAAUGAUCAGACAUAUUCCAGAUUAGCGUUUCUGUACUUUCUUCAAGGACAAUGUUUAUUUGAUGAAAAGCUUUACGGAGAGGCUUUGGAAUCUUUUUCAAGAGCUGCGGAAAUGAAGCCAGAGGUUAUUGGCUAUCAUACCAGAAGGUAAAUGCCCAUGUUCCUGUUUUACUGGGCUCUCUCUGUGAUCUUAGAUUAGUGGUUGCCGCACAUUUGGUAAUGUAAUCUUUCUCUCCUGAAAUCAAUGAUAAUAAAUUGGUAUUAACUUUUUCACUUGAAUUAGUGGCAAAAGAUAAAAAGUCACAAAACAUUCAGAUGUCAAGUUCCUUGAUUUUGUAAAAUCCCUAGAAAUGAAUGGCACUGUGCAAAAGUUGUACCAAAGAGGUGUCACUUAAAUGGUGACACCAUAGGAUUUAAUCCUCCAUAAAGGCAGAGUAAGAGUGAUGAAUGAUCUUGUUAUAACCUGUUCUUACACUGAAACAAUUCAGUAACUCAAAUUCUAAUUUUUGAUUUUAUGGUGUGACCAUUUGAAUAGACCUCUUUGGCAUACUUUUACAAAUUAUCUAAAUAAUUAUUGCAUAUACUUACAUUUUAUCAGUUUUUAAGGGGAUAAUUUGAAAGGAAACUGUAGUGCUGCAUUGAUUGGGAGUGAAACACAAAAAAUUUACAGUCAGAAAAAGAUUGUCAGAGCAAUUCAGCCAUUUACGCAUAUAGUUUACUUUGAGAUGAUAGAAUCUACAGCCAAAGGUAGAUCAAGAAGCAAUAGCUAACAUGCAAUCGUGCAGAUUAACAUUCAUUUAAUGGUAAUUUUAAUAUUUUAAGAGGGGUAAAAAUUGGGAGUCUUUUCUUUUCUAGUGUGGCUUGCCUGGCUGCUCUUCAGCGACAUGGAGAGUGUUUGGCACUCGUGAAUAAAAGACUUGAGGAAGAAACUGAGAAUCCUGACCUGUUUAUUAUGAGAGCCAGACUUCAUGAGCUUUUCCGAAAUGUAAGUACAUUUAAGUUUUUUAAAUAAAACCUGUACUGACAAUAGAUUUAAUCUAAAAGUAGUGCUUAAACUAUUUUCAGUUUGGUGAAGUUAAAGUCGAAAUAAUACAUAACAUAAUUAGUUAUGGGAAGUUGUAAACUUGUGGUAAUGUGCAUGCAAGUAUUGUGCAUUAUUUAAUUUUUACCAAGCCUCAUAGCAUUAUUAGCAUUUCUUACUAGUCAUUUGCAUUCUUAUAGCUUUAAAAAUAACAUCAAACAAAGUGUUGUUUUUUAAUUUAUUGUCUAUCUUAACUGCAGAUUGUUUAAUUUAAAUGUAUAUCACUGAUUGUUUGUAUGCUUGAUUAUGCAUUACACUUUAUAUAUGUGACUGAUGUUUUUGUUUCCAUAGUCCACACUUUGUUACUAUGAUGUUAAAGAUGCGUUAGCACUUGCCCCAGAUAAUGCAGAAGCCAAGUCUCUGAUGGCCUCACUGGAGAAGAGAGCAAAGGAUAGCAGA